GUUCAUUCUAGGAUUUUUUUUUUAAUAUAUAUUUUUGAUAAUUGGGUCCAAGAGAAUCUCGCGAUAUCUUGCCAUUGUCACUUCCUAAAUGCUCGUACGCAUUUUGCUUUGACGGUUUCGUAUGAAUCACGUCCGUUACGUCUAACAAUUAGCGCAGAGCUCACUCUCAUACUGGUUCAGUGAGUUGUGGGGAGUUUUUUUUUCUUCCAGAGGAAAUGUCAAGCUCAGAAGUCCUGGACGGGGAAGCGGAGUGGAACGGCGGCAUAAUGGCUCAACAGAAGAACUUGGAGGGCUACGUGGGCUUUGCAAAUCUUCCCAACCAAGUUUACAGAAAAUCAGUGAAAAGAGGAUUUGAGUUCACACUCAUGGUUGUGGGAGAAUCCGGACUGGGGAAGUCGACGCUGAUCAACUCACUAUUUCUCACAGACUUAUACUCCCCAGAGUAUCCCGGUCCUUCCCACAGGAUCAAAAAAACCGUACAGGUGGAGCAGUCAAAGGUUCUGGUAAAGGAAGGAGGGGUCCACCUUCUGCUAACCAUCGUCGACACUCCUGGCUUUGGGGAUGCCGUGGACAACAGUAACUGCUGGCAGCCGGUGACUGACUACAUCGAUAGUAAGUUUGAAGAUUUCCUCAACGCAGAGUCGCGGGUCAACAGGCGGCAAAUGCCGGACAACAGAGUGCACUGCUGCCUGUAUUUCAUUGCUCCGUCUGGACAUGGGCUGAAACCUCUAGAUAUUGAAUUCAUGAAGCGGUUACACGAGAAGGUCAACAUAAUUCCCCUCAUCGCCAAAGCUGACACAAUGACUCCUGAAGAGUGCCAACAGUUCAAAAGACAGAUCAUGAAGGAAAUCCACGAGCAUAAAAUCAAAAUCUACGAUUUCCCAGAGACGGAUGAUGAGGAAGAGAUGAAGAUGAUCAGAAAAAUCAAGGAUCGUUUACCCCUCGCUGUAGUCGGCAGCAACACGAUUAUCGAGGUCGACGGGAAGCGGGUCCGUGGGAGGCAGUACCCCUGGGGUGUGGCUGAAGUUGAAAAUGGAGAUCACUGUGAUUUUACCAUUCUCCGCAACAUGCUUAUAAGGACCCAUAUGCAGGACCUGAAGGACGUCACCAACAAUGUUCACUAUGAGAACUAUCGCAGCAGGAAGCUGGCUGCAGUCACCUAUAAUGGAGUGGACAACAAUAAGAACAAGGGCCAGCUAACCAAACCUGACACACCUGAUGGCAUGAGUCCUCUAGCACAGAUGGAGGAGGAGCGGCGGGAGCACGUGGCCAAGAUGAACAAGAUGGAACAGGAAAUGGAACAAGUGUUUGACAUGAAGGUCAAAGAGAAGCUCCAGAAGCUCAAAGACUCUGAAGUUGAGCUCCAGAGGCGUCAUGAACAAAUGAGGAAAAACCUGGAAGCUCAGUAUAAAGAACUGGAAGAGAAGCGGCGUCAGUUCGAGGAUGAGAAGACCAACUGGGAAAUCCAGCAGAGGAUCCUGGAGCAGCAGAAGCUGGAGGCCUCCAGGACCAUGGAAAAGGGCAAGAAGAAGAAGAUCUUUUAAUUCUCUGGACUGUUACUCAUGAUCAGCCAAGCUGCCAGCUUCCAUUGUCAGACCAUCUGCUGAUCAAACUACGCCCGCCAUCUGACCAUCUUACUGUAUGACUAUCACCUGAAAGCCAGGGGCAACAUUGUCUGUCUCUGAAUUUAACCUUAAAUACCCUUCACUAUUUCUAUUCUGGACCUAUUUUGGAGCACACAAAAUUGUUAGCAAAGAAGCACGACGACUGUUCCAUCUUUCUGAUUCAAAAAGACGGAGUUUAGUCGGUCUGUGCCCUUUGUUCUUCUUCUGCUUUGGGAAUAUUUCAUGCUGCACAAUCUUUUCAAGCCAAAACCCAUGCGAAGGGUCAGCCCUUCACUUCCUGAACACUGAAAGUGUUCGGCUGGAGGUAACUUGAGCCACUGUUGUUAUUCUGCUGCUUUAACUAAAACUGUAACCAGGAGUAGCAGUUUUUAAUCAGGAUUGUUAAUAUUUUCUUACCUUCUCUUCUUUUAUAUUGGCCUUUGUAUAGACAUGGUGUGUUUUUGAUUGUGACCGUUAUAGAUGGCGUUCUCCAGCCCUACUCCUGCAAACCAAACAGAUUUCUCAGCUCGCUCACGCUGAGUGAGACAAAUCAGGACAAUCUGGAUGUGGGGGGCUUGGAUUGGACAUUUUGAGCUUCUACAAAUUUUGCAUAAGAGUUUUUCCAACAAAGCCCAGACAAUGAAGCAGACAGCCCUGUGUGUGUGUGUGUGUGUGUGUGUGUGUGUGUGUGUGUGUGUGUGUGUGUCAGUGUGUGUGUGGUAGAUGGAGAGCGUGAAGCUUCAGGUUAACAACAGUAAAACAUUGGUUGGACUGCCUCUAUUUUUUGUAACAUCUUGUUUUAUUGUACAAAGUCACAUAAUAAAACUGUGAUGGGAAAAAUAAA